AUGGCCUCCGUGCCCAACCUGCUGCAGGCGGAGGGGGAGCAUGAGCGGGGCAAGUUGAGGUCUGUGUCUGUGGACCUGAAUGUUGAUCCUUCUCUCCAGAUUGACAUCCCCGAUGCCCUUAGUGAAAGAGACAAGGUCAAGUUUACUGUGCACACCAAGACUACACUGCCUAUUUUUCAAACCCCAGAGUUUUCUGUUACAAGACAGCACGAAGACUUUGUGUGGCUACAUGAUACACUUACUGAAACUGAAGAAUAUGCGGGGCUCAUUAUACCUCCAGCACCUUCAAAACCUGACUUUGAUGGACCCAGAGAGAAGAUGCAGAAAUUAGGGGAAGGUGAAGGUUCUAUGACCAAGGAGGAGUUUGCCAAAAUGAAGCAAGAACUAGAAGCUGAAUAUUUAGCUGUCUUUAAGAAGACUGUAUCCUCACAUGAAGUCUUCCUCCAGAGGCUGUCAUCUCAUCCUGUCCUCAGCAAAGACUGCAACUUCCACGUUUUCCUGGAGUAUGACCAGGAUCUAAGUGUUAGGAGAAAAAAUACCAAAGAGAUGUUUGGAGGCUUUUUUAAAAGUGUGGUCAAAAGUGCCGAUGAAGUCCUUUUUUCUGGAGUUAAGGAGGUGGAUGAUUUCUUUGAGCAAGAGAAGAACUUCCUUGUAAACUAUUACAACAGGAUCAAAGAUUCAUGUGCCAAAGCUGACAGAAUGACAAGAUCUCAUAAAAAUGUUGCAGAUGACUAUAUUCACACUUCGGCUAGUCUGAACAGUUUAGCUUUGGAAGAACCAACUGUCAUCAAAAAGUACUUACUGAAAGUUGCAGAGUUGUUUGAAAAGCUUAGGAAAGUGGAAGGUCGUGUUUCUUCAGAUGAAGAUUUAAAACUGUCAGAGCUCCUGAGAUACUACAUGCUCAACAUUGAAGCAGCUAAGGAUCUCUUAUACAGACGCACAAAGGCCCUGAUUGAAUAUGAAAAUUCAAACAAAGCGUUGGAUAAAGCCAGGUUGAAAAGCAAAGAUGUGAAGCAGGCUGAAGCCCACCAGCAGGAGUGCUGUCAAAAGUUUGAACAGCUCUCGGAAUCUGCCAAAGAAGAACUGAACAGUUUCAAGCGGAAGAGAGUGUCGGCAUUUAGAAAAAAUCUCAUUGAAAUGUCCGAAUUGGAAAUAAAGCACGCAAAGAAUAAUGUGUCUCUCUUGCAAAGCUGCCUUGACUUGUUCAAGAACAACUAAGUUGCCUUUACUGUGAAUGAACCGAAGAGAACAUGAACGUGGAAGCCAGCAGCCGUGGAAAAUUUCUAUUUAGCGUUUACUCAUAUUGGUUUAAAAAUUCUAUAGAUGUUGCUUUCUGAAAAUUGUAAGUCACGCAUAUCAAUUUAGUUUACUAUUUCCUUUGUUUAAGAUAAUUGCAUGCGAACGUAACCAACUGUCUCUUUUAGUUUGCUACUUCAUUACUAGGCAGAAAGUAGAACUACUGGCUCCUUUGAAGUGUGUAUCUUCACAGGUUGGAAAAAGGUGCAUGAUUUGCACAUCCCUAAAUGUCCCUUUAAACCCUUUAUUGUCCCCCCCC